AACCGUCGGCUGCAUGAGCAAGGCAGCUGUGAUUUUAUGAGCAGGCAGUUAUGAUUUAGGGGUGUCACUCUUAUUUUUUACUUUAGGCUCAGCCGGUCUUUCCAAAUGGCUAUCAACAGAGACAAGGAAGCGGCAGUCCUGCGAUGGCUGUCCUGUUACAAUGUGAAGGUCCGGGCCGUCUCUGACCUGCAGGACGGCUUGCAGCUACUGAAGCUCCUGUCCACAAUGGACCAGACCUCCAGUAUUGAGAAUGUUGAGCCGGGAAAAGCGUUCCCAAACAUUGAAAAGCAGCUGUGCGAGUAUCACUCAUGUCUGCCAGCGCGCUUCCUUUCGUCGGGAGUCCAUAGACGAGAGCGGUACAACGACAUUCAGUUGGCCACCACUUCGGUCCUGGCACUCUCGGCUCUGGCACUGCGGGUCACGAGCUGCAGCCCAACCAGCGAGGUGGCUCCGCUUCUCAAGCUGGACGAGGCAACUCAGUGCUGCAUCAGAGACCUCAUUGAGAUCGUGAGGUCAGGGGAUGAUGUCCUCGAAAACCUGGCGGCCUAUCUGAAAGCAUCCAAUGUGGAAGAGGAGAGCUUCCUCUGCGUCGCUACAUUGAAGCGCAGAAAGAGCGAGAGCUUCACGGCCUCUCCUGCAGGAGCGCAGACUCCGGCCAAGCGCAGCAGCAUGUCUCCGCAGCAGCGUGCCCAUUUGCCUGCCCAACAGGUAAAGGAGAUGCGCAUGCUGCGGGAGCACAUAAACGAUGAGGAGCAAGCAAACACCGAGCUGCGUCGUGAGGGCUCCCGGUUAAAGGAGGUUGUGAAGCGAAAAGAUCGAGAGAUCGGCAGCCUGAAGGAGCGGCUUAGAGCUCUGCAGGCCAUGUCAUCCAGUGAUGCCACCAGCCUCGCCGCACUUCACAAGAAUGUGGAAGAGACAUCUGCAGAGAACAAGCUCCUCCAGGAACAGGUUCGUUCCUUAGAGAAGGUCAGGGAGGAUUACGACGAAGUCAUCAGACAGAAUGCCUCUCUGCAGGCUGAGUGCGAGAAGAUGACUGCCAUUCAAGAGGAAGGCAACCAGCUGAGAGAGGACCUAUCCAAAGCCUUGUCGGAGAAGUCGGACCUCAACACCAGGCUUGCUUCUCUCGAAGACUUGGUUGGCGAGCUUCGCUCUGCGCUGGACGUGAAGACUAAAGAGCUGGACUCCAUGCUCAGCUUCUAUUCCAACAGGGAACCCAUACCAAGCAGUCCUAAGGUCCUGCCACCGUCGCCUGGGGCCCGUGUCAGCUGCUACACCGAGCUGCGCAUGGUUGAGCUACAGGACACCAACAACAAGUUACGGCAGGAGUCUUGUCGGCUGCAGAACGAACUUGAAGAAGUGACGGCAAGGCUUCAAACAGAAGGCAAUGCAAUGAGGGCCGCUGUAGUGCAGCUGGAGGAGACAAAGGCCACCCUAACGGCAGAGGUGUCUCAGCUGAACAACCGUUGCACGCAACUCAACAUUCGCAUCUCUGGUCUGGAGAACGAGCUGCAGCUGUCAAAGACCACAACGGCCACGCUAGAGUCUCGGCUUUCCAUUCAAGCGAGCCAGUCGGAGACUCUCCGUCAACAGGUUGCCGACAAGGACCAGCAGAUUGCUGCGCUUGAAGAGAAGUCGGCUGCUUCGAAUUCCAUAAACCAGGAGCUGCUCAAGUCCAACGCCGAACUGAACGCUGCCUUGCGAUCAUCUGAGGUUGAGAAAGUGGCGCAGUCGGAGAGAAUGCGUGAAGUCAUUGCAGAGAACCAGAAGCAUCAAGACUCGCUUGCUCGACAGAAUUCGAAGGUGCUCGCUCUCGAAGCAACGCUUCAGAAUCUGGAAACCAAACUUGCAGAAGUCACGUCCCAGCUACUUGCCAGCAAGGAACGGGCAACGGAACUGCAGCAGGUCAUCGCCACGCUGGACUCCGAACUGGAUAAGAGUCGGUCUCUUUGCAGAGAGCUGGAACAACAGUUAAAUCAAGCUCUGCAUGAGAAAGAAGCCCAGUCAUCUAAACUUCUAGACAUGCAAGAAGAACUUAACCGUGUUACAUGCACAACGGACCACCUUCGAGUUAGGGUACAAGAGCUUGAAUCUUCCGAGCAACAGCUGAACGUGCUCUGCUCAGAGCUUCGGAACAGAGUGAGUGAAAGGGAGUGCCAGGUUAACGUGGCUGCCGAAGAAAAUGGGGCACUGUUCAAGAUAAAGGAAGAACUGCAAGUGGCUCACGCAGCCUUGAGUGCCCAAUUGAAUCGGGAAAGCAAGCAGCAUGCUGAACUUGUAGCUUCUCUGCAGAACCAGGUGAAGGAGUCGAAGGUCCUGGCUGCCGGGCUGCAGGAAGAAAAGAAAGCUCUUGCUGAGAAGUCUGAGAAGCUCGAGGCUGAGCUGGAACUACUUGGCUCGGAACUUUCGAAGUUGCGCGAAAAGAAUGGUGCACUUUCGAGUGAGCUGUUGGAGCUUGCUCGUUCUCGUGAGGAGCUUAACAACCACCUCCUUUCACAAAACGGACAACUUGAGAAGGUUACUGCAGAAUGCAGCAGGCUUCAAGAAUGCUUCAGUGAGAGCACGUAUGAAAAAACUGCACUCGAGGCUCGCUUAGAGCAGCAAGCCGAGGUUGUACGUGCACUGGAAAAAAAAUGUGUUGAGCAAGCUGCGGCUAAUGAAAAGCUCAGCGGCGAAAAUGCGGCGCUCAAGACUAGCCGAGAAGAAGAGAAGAUACAAACUGAGCACCUAAAAGCCAGCAUUGACGAUGCGAACAAUGAGAACACUGCACUACGAAAUGAGCUUGGGGAGACCAGGCAGAAGCUCGGUGCAAUGAUAGAAGAGAAGAAAACUCUGGAGACGAAGCUGUCCGAGAAGAAUGCUUCCUGUAGUGCUCUUCAGGAGAAGGUUUCCGAGGUCGAGGCGAAGCUACACAAUUCUGAGAAGCAAGAACAAAGUCUCAGACAUGCCAACGCCAGCCUCGACCUGUUGAUCACUGAGUGCAAGCAGAAAUUGCAGGUUAGCGAGUCUCGGCUUGGAGAGGCUACCAGAACGAUAUGUUGCCUGCAGGAACAGGUGUGCUUUUUCCAGCAGGCAGUCACGAGAGUCAACCUUGAGAAGGAGUGUUUGCACUCGUCCCUUGCGAGUGCAGAAACUGCCUUGCGGUCGCUCGAGGAGACAUUCCAGGCCUCCACCUGUGCCGUUGAGGAAACGAGAUCAAAGCUUAAGGAAAGUCGGCACAGGCAGACGCAGCUCUCCUCCCUCGUUGAGCAGCUACAAGAGGAAUGCAAAAGCCUGAAGAUGGUUCUUGCAGACAUGAAUGAAAAGCUGUCGGGCCGUGAGAAGGAGCUAGCGUCAGCAGCUGUCGAGAGAAGCACCAUGGCCUCGCAAAUAAAGGAGCUUGAGGAUGAGCACGCCCGUCUCAAGUGCGACAACCAGGCUCUGGAAGAUCACAUAGGUGACCUGGAGGUCAAGCUCAACAACCGGCUGGAACUUCAGAGGAAAGCCGAGGAGGACUAUUACGAAUGCGUCAACGACAGAGACAGCCAUAAGGAAGUGCUGAGGCAGCGGAUAGACGCACUCACUGCGGAGCUCGUGGAGAAAGAAAAGCUGCAAGCCCAUUUGGAGGAACUGCAGAGCCAGCUGGAGGAGCACAAGACCUUCGCUGCGACAAACUGCCAGCUCUCGGAGGCGAAAGAUCGCCUCGAGCUCGAGCUUGCGAGCGGGCAGAGGGAGUUGCAGAGUGCGAUUGCCAAGCGUGAUGAGCUCUACUGCAAGGUCGAGGUGCUGGAGAAAGAGAAUGAAGGCCUCAAGCACGAGCUCAAGUCUGCAGCUGAAGAGUGCACCAAGAAGAUGCAGGCUGCGUUUGUCUCCAUCACAGCUGCAAUGGACAAGAAGACUGGAGAGAUGAGCAAGAAGAUUGAAGAGAUCAGCAAGUCUAGCGUGGCUGCAAAACGAGAGGCCGACAUGUGGAAGGAAAAAUUCCACAACCAGCAAGCUCUUCGCGAGCGAAGAGAGCAGCUCCUGAAACAACACAUUGCUGAGAUGAAAGAGAUGAUUAAGCAGUCCAACAGAGACAUGGAGUCACUCAAGGCUCAGACACAAGAGCAGACUUGGCAGCUCACUGCCACCACACAGGAACGAGACAGGCUGGAGAGUGAGCUUGCUGCCAUGAAGCAGGAACGAGACAGGCUGGCACAAGAGAAGCGGUCGCUCAAUGCGCAGCUGAGUUACUGCGACGCCAAACUCCGGCAGCGCGCAAAGGAAGCGGACAAGACAACGGGCAUAGUGGCGAAUCAGUCGCUCUAUUCAACGCCGAGCCUGGAGACAGUCUGGUCCCAACGCCAACUCUCGAGAAGGAACUCUCGAAGCUCCGUCACUUCCAAUGACUUCAAAGUCCCACACUCAAAAGGCAACCUCAGACGGGAGAGCAAUAUUUCGUCGAGGUCUGGGAAGAUGACGCAGGCAGCAGCUCUUGAUUCGAGCAUAUUUUCUGGCAACCGCUUCUCCUGCGAUGAAGAGCAGGACGUGUUCUCCGAGACUACACUGGCAGACUUUGGCAACCUGCCAGACGAUCCGAUGGGGCGGUACAGCGAGCUGUACCGGCGGAAUUCAAUGCUGCCUCAGCACCUGAAGUCAGUGUACCCCGUCGAGACCCAGCAGUGCCCCAUUCCUGCAACGCCGUUGAGGGGAGACUCCACGUUCCCUUUUCCGGAGGCCUCUGGCUCAUCCGCUGUUACUGCCACUCCUACUGCGCCGAGCCACCCACCUCAGCAGUCUACCUCUACCGAAGACACCAGCAAACGGAAGAGGGAUGUGCGCUCCAGCAGCAGUGAUGACGGCAGUGGCAAAUCGUCAUUCUGGGCAAACGUGGGAACUCCAUCAAAGGGAACAAAACCCAAGUCAACCCGAACACCAUCCAGCGUUAAGAAGUUCCUGAGAAGCAAAUUUAAGCGAUAACUUGCAACGUGUAAAUAAUUUGUAUUGCCGGUGUCAUUUUAAGCUGCCCUGCCUUCGCGACAAGCGACGCUGUACAGUCGCGAGAUUUUUAACGCACAACAAAAAAGUGACGGAUGUCUACUGCAGGACGCAGCAAGACAAUCUUAAGCAUACUCACGAGCUUAGGCCUGUAAUGCCCAAACACAGUUGGAAAACUGAAGCUUGUUCACCUUAUUUUUAUUCAGUGCGAGUGAAAACAUACUUGGUAGCGAAAUUAUUUAGCGAUCGAUAUUUCCAUUCCUCAACUGAAGCCACAUUAUUGGGCAUGAAAAUUCUCGUAACAAAACUGGUACUUCAGGCAUUAUGGCACUAGUUCAUUACGUUUAAAUCAUUUUGAUUGUGCAGUCUUUCAUAGCCUUGCAGUCUGCCAUUUACUUAACAGUCACGCAUCUGAGCAUUGAAUUAAGUUAAGACCUCACAAACUUCUGUUUUGUGUAAAUACUUAUUAUGCUGACAGUUUUUCAGUGUGCGACUUGCCUUGAAACGCUAGGUGCUACUUGUAUAAAGUGAUCUUUUAGUUUCUAAUAAAACUUUUUAAUUCGCACA